AAACUUGCAAUUUCUAAACAAAUUGCUCCAGACAAAGUAGAUUUGGCAUUAAACUUGAUAUGUUAUGCUAAUGAAGUAAAAGCAGCAAUGGAAUACGUUUUUGGCAAUACAUUGAUUUGCAUGGAUGCCGAAACAGCAAAACGAGUCACGUUUAACAGGAAUGUCCAUACUAAAUCUGUUACUUUGGAUGGAGAUGUUUAUGAUCCAUCUGGUACUCUUCAAGGCGGAUCUAAACCCCCCUCAGCUGGGAUUCUCACAAAAAUGCAAACUCUUAAAGAUAUAAAAAAAGAAUUGGAGUCUCAUAAACAAGUUUUGCAAAGUUUAAAUUUAGAAUUAAGAAACUCACAAACUAUUAUGAAUAGAUAUAAUCAAAUAAAGAAAGAAUUAGAAUUGAAAUCACAUGCAAUUACAUUAUUGGAAGAACAGAUAAAACAAAGUAGUAACUCACAG